AUGUUGGCUGGAAUAGUGAAGAAGUUAGCUUCAACUACAAUGGGAAGCUGCGCUUCGAAACCAAACGGGAAGACUAAGAGUCAGAAAAGAAGGGGUAACAAAUCUGGAAAGCGCAGAGGAAAAGGAAACAUUUCCUCUGUGCUUCCAGAUAUGCCUUUGAAAAGGGCUAGCAAUGCAGGAAACUGCGUGGGAGAUUUCGAUCUCAGUGACUUUGUUCAUCUUGAUUUUGACAAAGGUAACUCAGCUACCUGCAGGAGAUCAGAGGUUUCUAAUGUCAAGUUUCAUCUUACACAGGUUCAAUACCAUACUCAAAUCGACGCAAAUGGAAAUUACCAAGAGGAUGCAUGGUUUGACUCAGUUAGCAUAAUAGAUUCUGAUUCAGAUGAUGACUUCAGUAGUGUGCAUGGAGAUGGUUUUCCUUUCCCCGGACAUGCUAUCGGAAAUGUCUCAAACACUCAAGUACUCCAAUAUGAAAGUUCAUCUUGUUUUCUAGAUUCAGGGUGUAAAUAUGAGGAGUUUUAUGAAAGCUACCUCAAGAUAGAUAAUAAUGGAGAGAAAACUCAAGAAAGUAACUCAACACAAUCAACUGUUAUCAUGCUUUCUGUGACAAGACAAUCAAUUGAUACCGGCGAAAAGCCCGAUUUAUGUUCGUCUGAGAGAUUUCUGUACCGUCCGAGAGCCGGGAUUCAAAUUCCAGUUUCAACUCAAGAAAAAACUUUCCCUGGUUCCUGGUCUACACUUUCACCUUCCGUGUUCAAGCUCCGUGGCGAAACUUUUUUCAUAGAUAAGCAAAAAUCUCCUGCUCCAGAUAUAUGCCCUUAUAAGCCAAUAGGUGUUGAUUUAUUUGUGAGCUCAAGGAAGAUAAAUAACAUUGCUAAGCAUCUUGAACUUCCAAGUGUAGUUCCAAAUGAAAAUGUACCUCCACUCCUCAUUGUUAAUAUACAGUUGCCUACAUAUCCUGCUAGCAUGUUCCCCGGCGAGGCCAACGGAGAAGGUUUGAGUCUUGUUCUAUAUUUUAAGUUGUCGGAAAAUUUUGAAAAGGAGAUCUCACCGUGUUUUCAAGAGAAGAUCAAGAGAUUAGUGGAUGAUGAGAUGGAAAAGGUGAAAGGAUAUACAAAGGAAAGCUCAGUUCCCUUUAGAGAAAGACUCAAAAUUUUGUGUGGAGUAGUUAAUCCGGAAGACCUUCAUCUGAAUUCUGCAGAGAAGAAACUUAUACAAGGCUACAAUGGCAAGCCCGUGCUUUCGCGUCCUCAACACCAAUUCUUUAAGGGACCUAACUACUUUGAGAUAGACCUCGACAUACACCGCUUUAGUUAUAUAUCGAGGAAGGGACUCGAUUCACUUCGUGACCGUGUAAAACAUGGAAUACUUGAUGUUGGAUUAACUAUCCAGGCACAAAAGGAAGAGGAACUUCCAGAACAAGUGUUGUGCUGUUUAAGAUUGAAUAAAAUUGACUUUGUUAACCAUGGCCAAAUUCCUACCAUUAUGACAAUUGAUUCAGAAUGA